GGCCAAAUGAUCUAUCUCCCCGAGACGGAUCUCAUGCUCUUCGUGUGUUCUCCCUCGGUUCUCAACCUCGACGACCUCUAUCGGCGAGGCCUCUACCUCUCGGACAUCCCUCUCCACGAUGCCACUCGAGACCUCGUCCUCCUGAGCGAGAAGUUCGAGGCCGAGUACAACUUGACCACGAACUUGGAGAUCUUGACGGAUAAGUUACAACACACUCACAGAGAACUGGAGAGCGAACGACAGAAAACGGAUAAACUGUUGUAUUCUGUGCUGCCUAUCAGCAUUGCCAACGAGCUGAGACACAAAAGAGCUGUGCCACCACGAAGAUACGAGGUGGUGUCACUGCUUUUCUCAGGUAUCGUAGGGUUCACCGAGUAUUGUUCACGACACACAGAUAUCGAAGGUGCGUCCAAGAUCGUCAAAAUGCUGAACGACCUGUACACUGCCUGUGAUGUUCUCACGGAUGAGGUCAAGAACCCUAAUGUCUACAAGGUGGAGACGGUUGGGGACAAGUACAUGGCAGUAAGCGGGCUGCCGGAGCCGUGCCACCACCAUGCUCGCUGCAUCGCCAACCUGGCACUGGAUAUGAUGGACAAGGCUGCCGGGGUCAUUGUCGACGGCCAGCGGCUGCACAUCACCAUCGGGAUCCACUCCGGGGAGGUGGUGACGGGCGUCAUUGGACAGCGGAUGCCCAGAUACUGUCUCUUCGGCAACACCGUCAACAUCACCUCCAGGACAGAGACCACGGGGGAGAAAGGCCGCAUCAAUGUCUCCGAGGACGCGUACAGGUACCUGCAGGCGGCGGAGAACUACGACCCGGGUUUCGCAUUCUCCUACCGAGGUCCGGUGCCCAUGAAGGGCCGGAAGGAGCCCAUGCACGUCUGGUUCCUUGAUAGGAAGAUCCCUAUGUUGGCGGCUCUUCCCGCCCCUUAGGGCUGGGGGACUUAGUGAGGGCUUGGGGACUUAGUGAGGGCUUGGGGACUUAGUGAGGGCUUGGGGACUUAGUGAGGGCUUGGGGACUAAGUGAGGGCUUGGGGACUUAGUGAGGGCUCGGGGACUUAGUGAGGGCUCGGGGACUUAGUGAGGGCUGGGGGACUUAGUGAGGGCUUGGGGACUUAGUGAGGGCUUUGGGACUUAGUCAGGGCUUGGGGACUUAGUCAGGGCUUGGGGACUUAAUGAGGGCUCGGGGACUUAGUGAGGGUUUGGGGACUUAAUGAGGGCUUGGGGACUUAGUGAAGGCUGGGGGACUUAGUGAAGGCUGGGGGACUUAGUGAAGGCUUGGGGACUUAGUGAGGGCUUGGGGACUUAGUGAGGGCUUGGAGACUUAGUGAGGGCUUGGGGACUUAGUAAGGGCUAGGGGACUUAGUAAAGGCUUGUGAACUUCGUAGUGACUUAAAAACUUUGCAAUGACUAGUAAACUUACUAAGGACUGGUGAACUUAGUGUGGAUUUCAGAAGUUAGUAAGGAUUAGCUAGGGAACUUAUAAGAAGUUCAGAAGUUACCAGGAACUAUGGUACUUUGUAAGGUCUAUGGAACUUAGAAGUUCUACAGAACUUAGUAAGGAUUAUUGAAGUUUGAAAGAACUAUGGAACUUAGUUACAACUUAGGAAGUUAAUAAGAACUGUUAAACUUAGUAAGGACUAUGGAACUUAGUAAGGAAUAAGAAACUUAGUAAGAACUAAGAAACUUAGUAAGGACUAGGGAACUUAGUAAGGAUUAAGAAACUUAGUAAAGAUAAAGGAACUCAGUAAGGACUAGACAGAGAGUAGAUCCUCAGGAGACUAUGGAGUUGGGCUCUGGUUGUCGGUCUGGAGUGGCCUCACCAGGGCGAAAAGCCAGGCAAGGUUGAUACGGAGAAGCUGUUACCCAAGCAGCAGGUCCCCCCU